GUAUCGUGGUCAAUCGGGUCCCACCCAUAGUCAAAGGGGUUAACCCAGAGCCAAUCAAACAUGUUAUUAGUUUAAUAAAUAACCUAACUUAAUCUGGACAGAGUCCUAUUAACGAAUGACAUGAGACCAUUCAGUAAAAUAUCAUGCGAAAUAUAAGUAGAAUAUACCAAACAGUACUAAAAAAGUAUCCUGUGGGAACUCAAGCUGUACAAGCUGGAAUAUUGAUGGGACUUGGAGAUCAGAUUGCACAGAAUUUUAUAGAAAGUAGUUCAAAACCUAUUGAUUAUGUACGAACAAUGCAAUUUGCUGGAAUUGGUUUGUUCAUCAGUGGCCCAGCAACAAGAACAUGGUAUGGAAUUUUAGAUACAUAUAUAGGUUCUAAAGGUUACACAGUUGGAAUAAAAAAGGUUGCUUGUGAUCAGUUGCUUUUUGCACCAACAUUUAUAGCAGUUUUAUUAGUUGCUAUUGGUGUUUGUCAAGGAAAAGAUAUUGAGAAGCUCAAGAUCAAAUUAGCAAAUGAAUAUAGCGAUAUUUUAAUAAAUAAUUAUAAGUGCAUUAUUGUUAUUUUAGCUAUGGCCUAUGGUACAACUUGUGAAUUUUUCCUUAGUGCCUUUGAACUACCAAGCUCUAGUUGUACAAUCAGUUGCUCUGCUGUGGAAUAGCUAUAUUUCAUACAGAACAAGUUUAGAUAAACAUAAUGAAUUUAGAUAAAUAUAAUUAAUUGAAAAAUUUUUUAUUAAUAUGAAUAUAAAAUAUGUAUAAAAUUGGACAAAAUACCUUACUAAUAAUAUAGGACCACAACAAAAUAAAAAGUCCUUUUACUAGAAAGAAAAACUACUAUUUUUUAUUUAUUUUGACAUAUUAAAACCAAAUAUGAUCUUUAAUAUAGCACAAGUUUUUGUUAUAAUGAGCAAAAAUGGUUCAAAAUCAAGCAUUUUUCAUAUUCUGCAUAGGAUAUGCAUGCUGAUUAAAUUUUCCUAGAUUAAAAACAAUAAUCAUGUACAUUUAUGU